AUGUCGACCAAUUUGGAGCAUGAUGAUCUCGAAUCAUGCCACAGCCAAAAAACAUGCUCCACUGCUACCAGUCCCUUGGGGCCACUACAAACGUCCCACCUGACAUUUCCAUCUCAAAGCUAUCCCUCUCCACCCGCCAGAACCGUUUUGAAAGGCUACAAAUUCUACAAAGCAGAUCCUAGCCUAGAUGAAGCGGCAACCUGGGCAUGCGCAGAGCGAACCGAACUACGCAUGAAACAAGAACAGCUCUACGAGAUGAUCCAUGAGCGGGCAGAAGAUUAUUCUGCUAGACAGCAGUACAAAAACCUGAGCCGCGACCAGCGCGCUCAGGUCACCCAGCUGGCCGAAGACCAACGAGUGGAUUAUCCACGGAUGGAAUGGAGCUGUGUCUAUGCCAAAGAAAGCUAUUAUGCGAACAAGACUCGCAACCCCCAUCGAAAUGAUUUCGAGACAGUCUCCAUGAUUAUCAUUAUGAUGGGGAGACCCAUGGAACCGACAAAAUACCCCAGAACGCCUAUGGGAGAGUACGUGGAUCUUAGGAAGCAUUGUCAGCCUCACGAGGGUGACAUGAACCAUUCCAGGUCAUCCGUUGCAAAAAUAGGCCCGUCUGGGUAUUACAGAGUCCAAACACAGCAUUCUGUCCCAAAGCCAGUGAAACGGGACCUGAACCAGGGACCGGAUUCAAGACGGGUGGUGGCCCCAUCAGUGCUCUCGACUCAACUCGACUCAGGUCAGCUCCCGGUAUAUGACAAGUAA